UUCCACCAACACAGUGGAUGUGCGCAUGGGGCUGAAGCUUGAAACACUAACAGGAGGCUGUGGGAUUCAGAAUGACUCAUAACACCACAUCUUCUGGUUUUCCUGAAUAACGUGCAUGGCGGAUAACGGUGUGAAUGCGCACGUCUGACCCAUAUUUUCCACUGCGUCCUGGUCCUUGCACUGUGUGACUCUUCAGGAGAGGUGAACGGUGCUGCUGUGAGGAUUUCCCAAACACAACACGAGUUGCAGCUGUGUACCUGCAGCCUGCCACCUGAACCUGCAGGACAACCAUGAGCAGCCCGCCGAGCCCUUCUCCAGCCAGGUGGUUCAAAGCGCUGCGCAGGACCAGGCUGGGGGAGCAGUGUUUGAAGAUAUACCCUCUGGAUUGUGUGGAUCUGCUGGGGAGGGCAAGAGUCGCCUUUCAAGCUGGACGCACCCUCAAGGAGAGCUUCAGACUGGGUCAGCUGGAGGCUGUGGUGCGGAUGCUGGAGGAACAUGAGUCUGACUUUGUGGAUGCUCUUGGAAGGGACCUUCAUAAGCCAAGGUUUGAGACAGUUGUGUCAGAACUCAUUCUCGUCAAGAACGAGGCACUUCAUGCUAUCAGCAACCUUAAGAAGUGGAUGCAGCCACAGCAUGUGGAAAGAAACCUGUCCACCACGCCGGAUGAGUGUCUGGUGGUCAGUGAGCCGUUGGGGGUGGUGUUUAUCAUGGGGACCUGGUGUAGUCCUGUCCAAAUGUGUCUGGUGCCGCUGGUAGGGGCCAUUGCAGCAGGAAACUGUGCAAUCAUCAGCCCCUCUGAGUGCACGGCUCACACAGCAGAGCUUCUUCAUCGACUCAUCCCCUUCUACUUGGACAAUGAAUGCUUCCAUGUGAUUCUUGCAGGCACGAAUGACUUGCCUGAAGUUGUGGAACUUAAAUUUGACCACGUCUUCUUUACAGGAAACAGGGAGGAGGGAAGCAAAAUUGCUCAGGCUGCCGCUCACACACUCACGCCUGUCACCCUGAUUUUGGGCGGCAAGAACCCGUGUUACGUGGACCAACACUGUGAGAUUGCCAUCACCGCACAGCGCAUCGCCUGGGCACGUUUUCACAAUGCUGGCCAGAGCUUCGUGGCUCCUGACUACAUCCUGUGCCACAAGGAAGUCAAAGCACGGCUGGUGCAGGCCCUGAAGUGCUGCCUGAUGCAGUUCUACGGUUCUGAUCCAAGAGAGUCCCGCAGUUUUGGCCGCAUGGUCAAUCUAGAGAUUUUCAACUGUACCAGAGACCUGCUGUGGAGAUCUGGCAAGGUGGCUGUGGGUGGGCAAGUGGUAGAAGCAGAGAAAUAUAUUGCCCCAACAAUUUUGACAGAGGUAGCGGAACAAGAUCCCAUCAUGCAACAGGAUGUUUUCGGCCCAGUUCUUCCUGUUCUGACUGUGAACAAUACAGAUGAGGCAAUUGCUUUUAUUAAUAAGCAAGAGAAACCCCUCUGUGUGUAUGCAUAUUCCAGCAACAGCAAGGUCAUCUCAAAGCUAAUGAGUGAGACGUCUAGUGGAAGCUUUUGCUCCAAUGACAGCAUCCUGCAGAGUCUGAUGGUGGCUCUGCCUUUCGGUGGAGUUGGUGCCAGUGGAAUGGGCUCCUACCAUGGCCGCCACAGCUUUGACACCUUCUCUCACAGGAAAUCAUGCCUGCUGAGAAGCACGCGGUUGGAGUGUGUAACCUAUCUGCGUUAUCCGCCCUAUGAGGACCGCAAUCUGUCUCUAAUGACAUGGGCCAGCACCCUGUCCCAGAAGACCCAGGGCUGGUGCCAGAUCCUGUGACUGUGUGGGAGGGCGAUAACGGGGCCGUGAUGGAAGAGCGCCGAGUCCUGAACAUUCCUCACAUGCAAAUGUAUGUCUGUAUUAAAAAUACAUGAGAACAAAACCGACUGGGGUAUAGCUAACGGAGGAUGGAGCAAUAUCCAUAGUAGUUGUUUAAUCUCUGGUUGAUGACAAUUGUAAGUUUCUCUGCUGCAGCACAAUAACUUAACUGGAUGUAUGUGUUUGAAACAUGACCUGUGAACAAUUAAAAAAUAACCAGAAGGUACGCGUAUUGACUGAAUGGCUUACAAUUUAGA